AUGAGGAACUUCUUGGGACUUGUUUUAUGGAUGGGAUUAUAUAUACCAGAAGAUAAAGUGUGUAUUGAUGAAAGCGUUGUACCUUUCAUUGGACGUUUAGUAUUUCGUCAAUACAUCAAGAACAAAUCACAUCGCUAUGGCAUUAAAAUAUUUAAACUCUGUGCAAAAGAUUAUUACAUUUUGCAGUAUAACGUGUAUGCUGGGAAAGAAGAUGUGCGUCAAACUAACAUAUCCUACAAUACUGUUUUAAAACUUAUGGAGCCUUAUCUUAAUUUUGGAUGUACUUUAUACGUCGAUAAUUGGUACACAAGCGUUAAGCUAGCUGAAAAACUAAAUAGAGAAAAAACACAUUUGGUAGGAACGCUGAGAGCUAACCUUAAAAAUAAUCCAGAAAACGUUAUUAAAAAAAAAUUAAAAAAAGGAGAAGUAAUUGCUUCACAAAGUAAUAGCAAUGUGGUUGUGCUUAAGUAG